UAUGCACGCCUGUAUGCUACAUCUUUGUACGUUCUUUUGACAUUCAUCGAAUUCAAUCAAGUUGUUCAAGCUUCCCUGCAAUCUGUUCUCGCAUAAUUAAGGACUGAAGCCUCAUAUGCUGAUCUGGAGCUUGUGCUAAUUAAAUGCUGAUGGCCUGCUUGUUCCUCUCUUGAAGGAUCGUUGGUCCAAUUGCUGUGAAUUUGUAAUCUUGAAAGACAAAGAAAAUGAGCAAGAAGAACCCUCUGGUUUUUCUGGACGUUUCUAUCGAUGGAAAUCCUGUUGAAAAAAUGGUUUUUGAGCUUUUCUCUGAUGUUGUUCCAAAGACUGCAGAAAAUUUUCGUGCACUCUGUACAGGGGAGAAAGGAGUCAGUGUUAAAAAUGGAAUGCCUCUACACUAUAAAGGAUCUUUUUUCCAUCGCAUUAUUAAAGGAUCCAUGGCUGAGGGAGGCGAUUUACUUAGAAGAGAUGGGAAUUUUGGAGAAAGCAUAUAUGGGGAUAAGUUUCCAGAUGAGCCACCCAAGCUAAAACAUAAUACACCUGGUCUUCUAUCAAUGUCAAUUGCUGAACGUGAUGCCCGUGGUUCUCUAUUCAUUAUCACCUUCAAGGCUAAUCAUCAGCUUGACAGGAAGUACCUUGUCUUUGGAAAACUCGUGCGAGGAGAUGAAGUUUUGAAGAAAAUUGAGAACGUGGGUGAGGAAGACGGGAAACCAGUUGUUACGGUGAAGAUCAUUAAUUGCGGUGAAUUUCGCGAGGGUGAGAACCAAAGCAAAAAAAGAGCGAAUAAAUUGAAAAUGGGGAAGGAUGCUUCUUCUGAGGCCAAUAGUCAUGAAGUACGGCGUAGAGGAAAACACAAAAGGCCUAUAAGAGAUAGAAGGAAAAAGAGAAGAAAAUAUUAUACAUCUGAAUCAGAUAGUUCCUCAGAUACUGAGAUGGAAUCAUCUGAAUCUGAUAGUGAUUCUGACUCAUAUAUAUCAUCAUCAUCUGAAUUAAGUUCUUCAAGUGAUGACAGGCGAAAGAAGAGAAAGAGAUCUUCUAAGAGAGACAGAUAUAGACGUGGAAAAAGGAGGGAUAGACGGCGUGAAAAAAAGCGCAAGAGGCGUGAUAGGAGAUCAAAGCACCGAUCAAAAAGAGCGUCAGAUAGUCUUACUGAUACUGAAAGCGAGAGUAAAAGUGGAAGUAGCUCUGAUGACAAUGAUGUUGAUAUUGGAAGGGCAGACCGGAAGCAUAAAAACCCUGCUCAGAUAACUGUUGAAAAGCAGCCUCCUUUGGCUGAGGAGAGAGAAACAGCCGUUCAUCAUAAAAAGGGGGAGGUGACUGAAACGCUUGAAAGGGAAGAGGGUGAGUACCCUAAGGAAAAUGGAGAGCGGCAAAGUAACGGCUUUGAAGCGGAAACUAAAUCAGACAGAAGUGCAGAUGGGCCUGAUGUAGUAGAUGAUCAUCCAGGAAAAUCUAGGAGCCGAAGCAUUAGUCCUAAAAGGGCCAUGAGCAAGAGUAUGAGUAUUAGUCCCAAGAAGAGUUUGAGCAAGAGUCCAAGUGUGAGCCCAAGACGCAGUGUGAGCAGGAGUCCAAGUAGUAGUGCAAGUCCCCCACACAUCUCACAGAGAAGCAGAAGUAUCAGCAGAAGCCCUGCCAGAAGUGGCAGCAGCGGAAACCCUUCCAGAAGUGUCAGCAGAAGUCCAGUCAAGGCCAAAAGGUUUAAAAGUGUCAGCAGCAGCCCUGCCAGAAUUGUCAGCAGCAGAAGUCUCAGCAGCAGUAGUGCCAGCAGAAGUCCUGUGAGGGGCAAAAAGGGAACAAGCAGGAGCCCGUUGAGAGCCCGAUCUAGAAGAAGCAUUAGCAGGAGCCCCAUAGCAUCCCCGCCUCAAAGAAGCCUUAGCCGAACCCCACCAAAAAUUUCAUCGAGGAAGUCAUCACGGAAAUCAGUGAGCAGAAGUCCUAUAAGGGUUCCAAGAAGCAGAACCCCUGUUAGAUCUUCUCGAAGAAGCAUAAGCAGAAGCUCAGGGAAGGCACCUUCUAGGAGAAGUUUUAGCCGAAGUCCAGUUAGGGCAUCUACCAGGUAUGAUCGUCGCAGCUACUCUAGGAGUCCUGUAAGUGCAAGACGCAGGGCAAGGUCACCCAUUCCUGAUCGUGGAAGGAGCUUAUCAAGGAGUCCUUCCCCAGAUGGAUCACCCAAGCGCGUUAGAAGGGGAAGGGGUUUCAGUCAGCGAUACUCGUAUGCACGCAGAUACAAGAGUCCUUCUCCGGAUCGUUAUCGUUAUGGCGGCAGAAGUGAUCGGGACAGAUAUUCAAGCUACAGGAGAUCCCCUAGGCGUUACAGGAGCCCACCUAGAGUAAGAACUCCUCCAAGGUACAGAGGCCGGAGAAGCAGGAGUCGGAGCCCUACUUUAUCACGAAGUCCAAUCCGCAACCGUAAUCGUCGUUAUAGCCGCAGCCCUACUCGCAGCCGAUCUCCUGUCGAGACAUCUAGAUUUCGUACCUCCCCCCGUGCAGAGAGGCGGAAGUCAGCUUCUCGCAGCAGGAGCCCAUCAGAGUCCAGGUCCUCACUUGACUCACAAUCACCCAAGCGAGCAAGCAAAGAGAAGUCAAGGUCAUCCUCUGGAAGCCCCUCUGGGAAGAAAGGCCUGGUCUCUUAUGGAGAUGGAUCUCCUGACUCAGGCCCGAGGUAGGAACGUAGGCAUGAUGAUCAUAAAUGCUGUGUUUUCGUUGAGGUUGAGUUGAUCUUGAAGAUUCGAGAGGCUUGCGUUUAUAUCUAUAAACUUCAAUUAAUAUUUUUAUAAUUCCGUCACUAGUUGGCUAGAUGCAAUGUGCAGUUCCAUGUCUGGGUUUCAACUUCGGUUAGGCUGUUGACGUGUUAUGGUGAUGGUGAUGUACGUUGAAUAAUGGAUGUUAGAUGCAUCAGCAGUAUAUGUUUAUUCUUAACAUAAUGUGUGUUUUAGUUGGGAUGUCUUUUUGAUCUGAAGAUAUUUUAAGCGAGGAUCAUUACAUUAGGAUGCUUGGAAUAUGCUGGAUUUUCUGGAAGCGAUGAACUUGAUGAAAACUGGCCAUGUUAUAAAAGAGUGAACUGUUUUAUAUGAUCGAGUCAGUCCAUUUGGUUUCCUUCAACUUUUUAUCUAUACAUAAUUGGCAUGGUCAUUUUGAUGUUGAACUCAGUUUCAACUUGUAGCUUAUGAAUUUCUAGAUUUGUUGUCUAGGUACUUUAAUUGGUUAUCACAUGAUUUCAAUAUAUGUACUAGUGGAGUUAUGCUUUA